UGGACGUCGUUCUACUUGGAACUUUCGCUGGGCGACAGCAGAACUGACGGACCCGAAUAUUUAUUUCGUUUCAAAAAGGAAAAGGGAAUAGGAGGAACCUGGAAAAAAGCGAAAGAAAAGAAGAAAAGAAGAGCCGAGGAAUGCAAAUCCCAUAUCCGACUCCAAUCAACUCUCCCCAUCCGCUUCCCUUUCCCCGCAUCCCGCGCCGUUCGUCGUCGACGCUCGCAACACGACAUAUCUCAGCUCAACGGAGAAAAUUGGGGGAAGCGCUCAUUUAUGGAAGAGUUGGACAAGGGACAGUAUCCAUCUCUUUGCUGUUGAGUGGUGGGAUGGUGGUGACAGACAUCCAAUCACUUAACGCGUGUUUUCUUGGAGUUGUCUCAUCGCGAACAAUUUAUUGCUGCUCAACCACCACCUUGAUCAAUUGAGGGGAGAUAAGGGAUUGCUUGCUCUGUUUUUACGUGUCAUUUUUCUAUAGGGGAAAGGAACGGAUCAAUUUGGAAGUGGUUCAUCUUCGCCAUUCGAUCAAUUUCCGGCCCGCCGUCAGUUUCCAAUAUACACAGAUUCCACACAAACUAAGUAAACGAUGCCACCACCGAUCUCCUCCACCUCGUCAACUCCCCACCCUCACCACCGCUCCCGCCGCAUCGAAGAUGCGCUGAACCAACUCGUCGACUCCCUCAUCCCCGUCACGUCGCCAUUCCUUUCAAACCCCCGCCGCAACGAAGACGAUGAAACUCUCUCCGAAACAUCGGUGGACGAAUAUGCGCGUCUCGAAGCUGCUGAGGCAGACGAGCGACGGCAUAGGCGCUGUAUGGAUAUGGCAUGGCAGAUUCUAGAUUCUCAUGCGGCUGCGGCUGCCACUGCUAGUUCUACGGGGAUAGGUGGCGGUGUUAGUGGUAGUGGCGGCGUGGUCUCAGCGGAUGUUAUCAAUAACGCUCCAGACCUGAUUAAACGCAAGUUGCUGAAGGAGAAUGCGUCGCCGGACAAAGCGGUGCGGUUCUCGAAUUUGUAUUCGCGGCUGUUGACACAGCCGGUUCUCGGGCAGAAAUGGGCUAUUUUGUAUCUGCUUUAUCGGAUUGGGGAGAACGAGGGCGUUUCUGGGAGGACUGAGGCUGGGAGUGGUGGUGGUGCUUCUGGGAGGGGUGGGACGGAGGCUGUUGGUGGUUAUGGUCCUGGAGGGGGAAAUGCUCGGCGCACCACCGUUACGACGUCCGUGGAGGAUUCGGGUUGGAAAAGGGAUGGGGCGAGGAGUCCGUUGAUGGACGAGCAUCAGUUGGACCAUAUGCUGUUUAAGGAUAGAUUUGGUCGGAGAUCUGUGGUUGAUGAUAUUGCGCCCGGUUCGUCGGUUUCUGCCGUUGGUUGGGAUAGUCCCUCCGCAGCUGCUGCGCAGGAUGGCCCGUCGGCGUUUCCUAGGAAUGGGAAAGAUAGGGAUGGAAAUAGCCCCAGGGCAGCGGAUCGGAAACGAGCCGUUGAAAGGAGAGAGAGAGAAAAGGAAAAAGAAGGCCGAUCUAGUACGAGUCGGAGGCCUGUAUCUAUCGCUACGGACGGGGAAUCGAAAUCUAGGAGUCAAAGUCAACCUGAACAGCGCCAGGAACAGCAACAACAGAAAAAAAAAGGAGAGGCUGAAGAUAUACCUGUUGAAUCGAUUUUAUUACGGGACUUGCCGUUCACUUUGCAAGGGGUGUCGUCUACGAACAUGAAGUUCGCAUCGCCUACGACUAUAAAACUACCGCAGACCCUACCAGUUCCACUUGUCUCCCUUCUACAUACGUUAGCAGAGCCUUGUCUACUGUAUCGUGGCUUGUCAGCCUUCGUCGAAGAAUCGGAAGGCGGCCUUGUGAAGCAGAGUGUACGAGCGGCUAUUGGCAAUGAGCUUCGAUCGUACCUGGGCUUAGUUGCCACUCUUGAAGGCGAGAUUAGGUCGGCAUUGACAGCUGUUUCAGACAGCGCCAUUGAGCCCAAGGGAACAUUGAAAGCUGGCGUCACCUUGAAACGAUGCGUUGUUUGGAUGAGAGAGGCCACAAUGGCUCUAAGGUUAAUGAGCUUGAUCGUGGAAGAGUCUAAAGGUAAGAGGGGCGGGCAGUUAAUCACCAUGAUUCACGAAUUUUCUUCCUCUCACGGCGACCCUUUCGUUGGGGCCUUUGCUGAGCGGCUUCUGGCUCAUGUAACUCGACCCUUCUACGGCAUGUUAACACAGUGGAUUUAUGAUGGUGAACUUUCUGACCCGUUCCGUGAAUUUUUUGUUGUUGAGCCAGAGGCUCGACCAAGCGCUGAUCCGCGACGCAUCGCGACAAGCGUCUGGGAUGACAAGUAUAAGCUCGACGAUGACCUGGUGCCGACGAUUAUGACGCAGGAAUUUGCAAAGAAGGUUUUCCUAAUUGGCAAGUCUCUGAAUUUCAUUCGAUAUGGCUGUGGGGAUUCGGCGUGGGUGGCGGCGUAUUCGAGAGAUGCAUCAAAAGAAUUGAGAUACGGCGAUACGGCGACGCUAGAGACAUCGAUCGACGAAGCAUAUAAAACAACAAUGGCGCGCCUGAUUUAUCUUAUGGACUCGAAGUUCAAACUCUUCGAUCAUCUCAAGGCGCUUAAAAAGUAUCUUUUACUUGGUCAGGGGGAUUUCAUUGCGUUGCUCAUGGAAUCGCUAGCGUCCAACCUCGACCGUCCGGCGAACUCGCAAUACCGCCAUACCCUUACAGCACAAUUGGAGCAUGCCAUCCGAUCAUCAAAUGCGCAGUACGACUCUCCCGAUGUCCUGCGUCGCCUUGACGCUCGCAUGUUGGAGCUCAGCCAUGGGGAAAUUGGGUGGGAUUGCUUCACUCUUGAAUAUAAAAUUGAUGCUCCAGUGGACGUUGUAAUAACCCCAUGGGGGUCGACGCAGUAUCUGAAGGUCUUCAAUUUUCUCUGGCGCGUCAAGAGGGUCGAAUUCGCCCUGGGAAGCACAUGGAGACGCUGCAUGACUGGUGCCAGGGGGGUGCUAGGGAGCGUCGAUGACAAAGUCGGCCAGGAUUGGAAACGUGCCCGCUGCGUGAUCUCUGAAAUGAACCAUUUCAUCAGCCAGCUCCAAUACUACAUUUUAUUCGAAGUCAUUGAAGCAAGCUGGGACCAAUUGGAAGUAGCCAUCUCGAAGCCAGGAUGCACCCUCGACGACCUCGUCGAAGCACACACCAAAUAUCUCAACUCCAUCACUCACAAAGGCCUUCUUGGCUCCUCCUCCACCAGCAACCCAGCCAGCAGCAACAGAGAAGACUCCUUCCUCUCCCAACUCCACCAAAUUCUUAAAAUCAUGCUCGCCUACAAAGACGCCGUAGAUGGCCUCUACUCCUUCUCAGUCGCAGAAUUCACCCGCCGCCAAGAAUUCACUGCGAAGAUAGAAACACGCACCGCCCAGGGCCAAUGGGGCGUGACCGAAAAGGAUCUCCUCCAGCAAUCCCAAUCCCUAUUCCCUCCCUCCACCACAAGCACCACCACCACUCGUCCCGGUCGCUCAGACUCCGCCGCGCGCAGGGCUCCCGGCUCCGCUUCCGAAUCCCCCUCAACUGAUUCACCGCUUCCAUUCGGCGGCCGCGGAGGCACACAUUCGAAAUCGCCUUCUGAACCCAUAACCCCAACAGCGGCCGCGGCGCUACUUGGCGGUAUUGGCGUGGCGGGCGGUGAAGAUCAUCUCCUCCCCUCCCUACGCACGCGCCUGCGCGACCUCGCAGCGGACUUCCGCUCACGCCUUCUCACGCUCCUUGGCGACCUGGCUUAUCAGCCGGAUGUGGAUAUGCGGUUUUUGGGCGUGGUUAUGAAUUUUAAUGAUGUGUAUCAGAUUGUUAGGCGGAGGAGACGAGGUACGGGGGCGGCAAAGGAUAGAGAGAGGGAGAGGCGGCGGGCUGGUGAGGGGGAGAGUAGGGAGAGGGAGAAGGAGAGGGAGAAGGAGAAGGAGAAGGAGAAGGAGAAGGAGAGAGGGGGUGGUUGAUUCUGUUUGCAUUGUUGCAUUUUAUGUUUGGGGGGAGGAUGGAGUUUUGUUCGCCUACUUUUGAUGCAUCUUGUGUGUCUAUUGGGAGGGCUUCGGUUUCUGGGAUUUUUCUAUGAUCUCUUAGUCGUGAUUUCGUUCUUUUUUUCUUUUUACAUUCUUUCAAACUUUUUGACUCGCGAGCUUCUACAUGAUACCUUUUGGAUUUUAUUUAUUACACACAUGCAUCUUAUGAUGAUAUUUUCUUGUUCAACGUAGAUACUUAUAUACAGUGAGGGAUGGCUGCAAAAAAGAAAGUUAUGGGGGAUGUAAGGUUGAGCACGAAAUAGAACUCAGAAGGCAAGAAUCCAGUGGACGCUUACUUUCUAAAGGGGGUAUACCGAGGAAGUGUGCCAUUCAAGAUUUCGUAGACGCGGCGAGGAAAAUUAAAUAAUGAAUGUUUAUUCCCGUUUGGGACGCCCCUGAAACGGAAAAGGUUCCCCGUACAAUCUAGUGCUGCCACUAAAGAGAUGUAUAAAGCUGCGUUGAGAUGUUGAGCGGUUUGUAGCUGGUAUUGUUUGCUUGCAAAUCUGCAUCCUUCAAUCCGAGUCUAAAAAGCGGAAGUGUUAGUGUCCACGUAAAAGCUAGAGGUGUUGAGACAAUCGAGAAAAUUACCUGAAUCCGAGCUUGAGCCCGACGAAGUUUCUGAUCCUCGCAAGGGUAUUAUGUUAGUUAUUGAAUGUUUAUGUAGGUAGGAAUGGUAUACCUGAAUCUGAAUCCGAGCUUGAAUCAGACGAUGAUUCUGACUCAUGGUCAAGUGUGCCCUUCCCGUUCACCUCCUUUGCAGCAGGGUUCGAGCUAGCAUCAUCACUUUCGCUGUCGCUGUCGCUAUCACUAUCACUGUCACUCUCGCUGCUGCUGCUGCUACUGCUGCUACUGGCGUCAUCCACAACGGCCGUUCUAUUCUUCUUCUUUUUCUUGGUCACGACCGAUUUCUGCUGUGGUUGGGACUCCGCCGCUGCGGUUGUUGGUAUACUGCCACCAACAAAAUGGCGAACCAAUUCCGCUCUCCUCCUCUUUUCGAGUCUUUUAACCCAAACGGCAUUUAGGUCUGUUGCUUCGUCGCCAACCAUGUCUCCUUCCAAACUGUGCGGGUCCGCCCCUUGUUCCGCUAGCAGUUUUCUGAACGAUGAUAUCGAAUCCCUAUACACAUCCUUCUGAGACGCAUCGCCACCAUCAAUCUCCUUCUCCGAAUCGACAUUGGCAUCAUCCGCCUUGAUAGCUUCCACGGCAACCUCCGCAACUCUCUUCUUCGCCCCGUCACCUUUUAUGCCGGCAAGAUAUGCAGCCAAUGAGGCAUUGUAUGCCGAAGGUAUGCGAUCCACCGAUAGCGCGUGCUUAAGCAAAUGGGUUUCGCGAUUCUUCUGAAAUUUCCAUUGAGCCCGAGAUUUGUGGUAGAGGGUAAGGUAUUGCAGGAUUGGGUGGGUGUGGGAAGCAGGGGAAUCCAUUGACGAAGCUAGGGUAGGGCGAUUCUUUGCGCGCUGUUGUCGUUUCAAUUUCUUCUUCUCUGCUUUCCUUGUAGCGGCUGGGCUUGGUUCACGAUCAUCCUCGUCCUCCUGUUCAAGAUCUAAUUCGACGUCUGCAUCUCCAUCUUCCGAUUUUGUAUCCUCAGCGAAGGAGACGGAUUUUCUUUUCUUGGAUUUAGGUUUUGAGGGGGGUUUGUCAUCUCGCUGCUCCACGGAGGAUGGCUCAAUAGAUGAUUUCAACUCUAGAUUCGAGGCAUUCUUUUUCAGUAUUUUUCCAUUUAUAUCCUCUUCUUCCCGUUUGGUUUUGUCAUUAAUCGUGCUUUUCUCCACCCGUUGUUUUUUGACGUUUGGUUCCUCGUUCUCCGACGUAAGAGGCCUCUUUUUAGUUCCUUUGGACGGAGAAGAGACAUGCGAAGUGACAUGCGAAGCGGUAUCUGUUUCGAUAGCGGAGGUAGUGGAAUUCUUGAGCUGCAACCCGAGCUUCUUCCACGCCGGAAUUCGGGAGGUCAUUUUCGGAGUUGUUAUGGUUGGGUUGGCGUUUGUGUGUGUGUGUAGAUGCCAGCGAGGAAUUUUUGAAGGGAACUCGCUGAGCUUAGGCUAUUAAAACAAGGUCACAGCGAAUACCUCAUAUACUAUAUCCGUGUUCGCGGGAGAAACCAUGUUCUAAUUCCUGGUAAAUCUGUUCAGAGGAAGUAUCAUUCCACUGAAACGGAUUGUUUUUUUUAUUUUUUAUUUUUAUUUU